CGACUUGGUUUAGUAAUCGGUGAAUUAUAUCCAUUUAAUCUCAUAUUCGUUGAAAAAAAAUCUGCGUAAGCAUAACGUAAGAUUUUAUUACACUCAGUUAAAACCGGACAUGAAAUGUGGUAAUUUAUAAUUAUCAUUACCAUUACCAUAACACUGGCAACUGUGAUCACAAUCAAGGACUCAAGGAGAGACUUACUAUUCUGUGGCAAGUUGGGAAUUUGGGAUGCGAACGUGGUUUUAAUGAGGAUGGAAACAAAUAAUAUUAAGGACUUAGUUAUCCAAUAGCUAAUAAAAUUGGAUUCUCUUUAACAAAGGUACGGUGGUGAUGUCCUAUCCUACAAGAGAAGAAAGAGCCAAGUGCUGGGACGCGAGAGAUAAGUACUGGGAAUGUCUAAAUAAAAACGAGGGCAAGGACGAAUCACUUUGUAAAGAUUUUCGGCGAGUUUUUGAGUCGUCAUGCUCAGCACAAUGGGUGAAACAUUUUGAUAGGAAGCGAACUUAUUUGAUUUAUAAAGAAAGAAUAGAAAAACAUGGAAUUCCAUCACAGAGUAAGUCCAGUUUUUGCCAACCUAGAAGGGUGUAUCAUAAAAUUGUCAAAGCUUAUUAGCGUGGUUAUUUAAAAAACAAUUUUACCCUGAACAUGAAAUAAGUGCAACAUGUACAAAUAAACAG